UGUUUCUCUCUCCGUGGAGAAAAGAAAAUGAAAAUGGUUGGGUGAGUUGAGGGGAUCAUACACAUCUCUCUGUUCUCUGUCUCUCUGAUAUCUCAUUCCAAAUCAAACCCACGACACGACGCAGCAUUCUCUCUCUCUUCCCUCCACAAAUUUAGCCAUUUCUCUCCAACACAAAUCUCUCUCUCUCUCUCUCUACAGUUUUGCAAAAAAAUUUUAGGGUUGGAUAGUUUUACUGGGUUUGCGAGGGACAAACCGGAAAGAUAUGUCUCCGGCGGCUCCGAUCGAGCCGGCUGUGCCGAAAUCUUUAUCGGUGGAGUCUUCGCCGUGUCGUGAGGGAUCUGCCUGCGAGAAUCGUCGUUUCGCAGAUCUCAGAGGGGUCCAGUGGCGUAUAGAUUUGGGAAUUUUGCCUCCUUCCUCCUCCAUCGAUGAUCUUCGCCGAGUCACCGCAGAUUCACGUCGGAGAUAUGCUGGUUUGAGGCACCGCCUCCUAGUUGAUCCACAUAUUCCCAAGGAUGGAAACACGUAUCCUGAUCCUGUUAUGGACAAUCCACUGUCGCAAAACCCAGAUAGCAUGUGGGGUCGCUUCUUUCGGAAUGCUGAAUUGGAGAGAAUGGUUGACCAAGAUUUGUCUCGUUUAUAUCCUGAACACGGAAGCUACUUCCAGACACCGGGAUGCCAAAGCAUGUUGAGAAGAAUUUUGUUGUUAUGGUGUCUUAGACAUCCAGAGUAUGGCUACAGACAAGGAAUGCAUGAACUCUUGGCUCCUCUGUUAUAUGUUCUGCAUACUGAUGUGGAGCAUCUUUCUGACGUGCGUAAUCUUUAUGAAGACCACUUCAUUGAUAAAUUUGAUGGCUCCACAUUUUAUGAAAGUGAUUUAGCACAUAAUUUUGAUUUGAAGAAGUUUUCUGAAUCUACAGAAGAUGAGAUUGAAUCAAAAAAAUGUGGACUGAAGGUUAGCAGUCUCGAUGAACUUGAUCCCAAGACACAAGACAUUGUAUUGCUAAGUGAUGCUUAUGGGGCAGAAGGUGAAUUGGGUAUUGUUUUGUCUGAGAAAUUUUUGGAGCAUGAUGCUCAUUGCAUGUUUGAUGCUUUGAUGAGUGGAGCCGGUGGUGCAGUUGCUAUGGCAGAAUUUUUCUCACCUUCUCCUUUAGGUGGCUCACAUACUGGGUUGACUUCUGUUAUUGAAGCUUCUUCUGCAUUGUACCAUUUGCUAUCUAUUGUUGAUGUGUCUCUCCACAGUCACCUUGUUGAGCUUGGGGUAGAACCUCAGUACUUUGCCCUCCGCUGGCUACGGGUUUUAUUUGGGCGUGAAUUUUCACUUGAAGACCUCUUAAUAAUCUGGGAUGAAAUAUUUGCAUCUGAUAAUAGUAAAUUAAAGUUAAAUAAAUGUGUUGAUGACGCUGGCUCCAGCUUCAGGGUCCUCAGUUCACCUAGGGGAGCAUUCAUCUCAGCUUUUGCAGUUUCAAUGAUACUGUAUACGAGGUCUUCCCUGCUUGCUACUGAGAAUGCUACUUCCUGUCUUCAGAGAUUGCUGAACCUUCCAGCCAACAUAAAUCUGGAGAAACUAAUAGUGAAGGCAAAAUCGUUGCACGCUCUAGCACCGGAUGCUAAUAACUCAGUCCCAUUGCCGGUAUCUACUGGGGGCCUUGGCCGAAGUAAAUCGGUGGUUGUGAGAGGUCAUAGCCUUUCGACAGGUUCUAUUUCUCCAAGAACUCCCCUCAGUUUGGUACCUGAGAGCUAUUGGGAAGACAAGUGGAGAGAUCUGCACAAGGCAGAAGAACUUAAGCAAAGUGGUUCAGAGAAACAAGUUCCUAAGCGCAAAAAGGGUUGGACAGAGAAAAUGAGAUUGAGUCUUUCUAGAACUGAAUCUGCCCAAUCCCCACCAAAGGUUGACAGCAGCCAAAUGGACCCCAAGUUAUCUGUGAGGAGAAAUUUGUUGGAUGAUUUGUCCCAACAGCUUGGGUUGGAUGAAGAUUCAGAAAAAAUAAGGUAUAAUGAAGACUCAGGCCAGAAAGAUCCUCCCUCUGUAGAGGUUGAGGUGCAUGGGAAAGAUAGUAAUGGUAAGAACUUCGCUUGCUCCGCUGAGGAUAGAUAUUUGAAUGGAAAUGCUGGCAGCAAAGAGAACUCUUAUAUUUUCUCAAAUUCACCAAAUCGUAAUGUCCAUGAAAUUCAAUCAGAACAAAGUAGUGUUACAUCCAAUCUAUCUGUUGAUGAAAAUGAUGAUGAACGAAACAAUGCUGAGUUACAUAGGACCCUUGCGGAGGACCCGCCUCCUCCAGUUUCAAAUUCUCCAGAGGGUGUCUCUUCUAAAUCUGUAUUGAAUGAAGACUCUAAAGGAAAAACAAUGACUGCUAGACUGGAUUCUCCAGAGGAUGUCUCUUUGAACUGUGGACAGAAUAAUGAUACUAUGGGAAAACCAGUGGCAGCUAUGAAGGAGAGGAAGCCUAUGUCUGGAAAAUUCCAUUGGUUGUGGAAGAAGGGACGGAAUAGUGGAGAGGGGACAUCUGAAAGAGGUGUCUCUGAAGCUAAAAAAGCUUCCAAUGGUGGAAGUGAUCAGAAUAAUACAGUAGUAGCCUCUUCUAGGGUGAAUUCUUUUAAUAACUCAUCUGAGAGUAGCAAAGGUGAUUCUGUUGACCAGAAUUUGAUGAUUACAAUGAGGAAUCUUGGUCAGUCCAUGCUUGAGAAUAUUCAGGUAAUCGAGUCAGUUCUCCAGCAAGAGCAGUGUGAUGAAAUGGGGUCAUUGGAGAACUACUGUAAAAAUGUUAUAGUGGGCAAAGGACAAAUCACAGCCAUGGGAGCUCUCAAGGAGCUUCGGAAAAUUAGCAACCUUUUAUCUGAGAUGUGAGGUUUGAAGUUAUUUAUAGUAAGUAACCUGUAUAUACAUUUUUGCAAUUACUGUUCAUCUUUCAAGUGCCAAAUAAGUUGGUUUCUUUUUUGGUUUAUAUAUUUUAAUUUUCUUUUAAUAUCUUCCUGUAAAUUCAAAAUUUGUUUGUCAGAGAUUGGAGUGUAUAUAUAUGAAUUUCUUGUAAGAAUAUUAGGUGCAAGAAUUGUUGUUUAUUUAUGGAAA